AUGAGUGCCAGACCAGUGACCGCUUCCCGAGUAGCCGACGGCAACGAUGACCACACAGACAAUGAGAGGAAUAAAUGGCUGGAAGUGGACGAACCGCACGUCACCACAAUUGGUCAGUUGCGGCGACGCUUAGCCCGAUUGGUGGACGUGGAGGUCGACGAGUUGGCCGUCAUAUACGAGAAUGAGAUAAUACCCGAAGAGGACGACGAUCGCGCCGUCCGCUUCUGGCUUCGCAAUAACGCCCGCAUUGUUCUCGAGAAGUGCGAUCGCCCGCAGCCGCGGCCCGUCUUCUUGGCGGCCACCGGUCCGCAGCGCGUGUCCCGCGAAGUUCGUAUCGCGUAUAAAGUGGACGCAAAUCCGAUGCCAAAGACAUUACCAAAGGAUGAUUUGCCGAAAACAUCACUACCAGAGAAAUGUUUGGCACCGGAGAUGACGGCCGCAAAUGUAGUGACCGAUGAUAAACAAGCAUUAGAUAGCGAACGGCACGAGUACUGGUCGGUUAUUUCCGACGCGGACUCCGAUGACGUGAUGUUCAGAUCUGCCAGUUCUUCAUUCGAUGACCCAAAGGACGUGUCCGCCAUAUACUUGGAAACCGAAUCUACCGGUGAUGUUAACGAACCGCCGAUGGAAAGGGUGUCCUACGAGUGUCGGACACCGAUUACGUCCCGAAAGGAUUUCAAUUAUAAGCAAUACAUAAAGAGUAUGAAUAAUGCGUCGGAAAAGCCAUUGGAUUACUGCCACAAACCUAUUGAAAGGGACCAAAACUUUGCCGUCGACGACACCACCACUGGAGCGGAGGUCAGCGAUGGACACGACUCGCAACUGACGCCACCCGAAGGAAGCGUACGAAGCGAUAGUUUUGAUGACACAGACGUUUAUCGAGCGGUUGUCAAACAGAUAUCGGCCACUGAAUCAGAUGAAACUCUGCCAAUGGCUGCCGUGGAAGUGGACGCCGAAGUGGUCACUGUUGACAAUAUAAUGGAAUCCAUUGACGAUAUUCAUCGGACCCGUAUGGCCGAUGUUAUGACCGAACUAUUGGCCAGAUUUGUGGCCAAAACAUUUGACCAAUGCUUCGACAACUGUCACGUGGAAUCAAUUGAUUCGCAUUCAGAUGAUGGCAGUGUAUCGUCGCAUACAUAUGCCGAUCCAUUGGCGACAGGCAUUUCCUAUCUUCAAUUGGACACAUCUCUUGACCAAUUAAUUGGUACACAGAUUGAAGACACGCAACCGUCAGUUGAUAAGCAGCCAAUAGCUGUAAUAGAGAGUCCGAAGACUGCACCGGUGGUCAAUUCACCGGUUCCGCAGCCAAUCAACAGAUACAAUUUCAAUUAUAAGGAGUAUAUAAAGAGUUUAAAAGCACGUCCAGUGCCACCGCCGGUGCCGCCAAAACCGGACAAUCUAAAGGCAGAUCUUGCAAAGCUCAGGAGACUUACCACCAAUACAUUUGAUCCCCGGUCUAUGGAUACAACAAAUGCACACGUAAUGGACAACAUAUCUGCGCAUACGUUGCCGUCUGCGCCCAUUGAGGGCACUUUGGGUGCGGUCGGCGGUGAUCCGGAGCCGUACGGCAAAUGCGGUGCCGACGCGCCGGUCAAUGAUUUUGUGUUUAAGGCGUUGGCGGGCAUACCGUUAAUCUGCGGCAAAGGCAAUCAUAUGGAGUACAACUAUCGGCUACAGAUGCAACUCAUUGCCGAUCGCAUUAAGACACUGACCACUCGAUUGAAGUCGGUUUACGCCCGUCUGCGAGAGGUGGGCGUCAGGCCUCUGUGCCCGUGCGCUGACGACGACCAGCGAUGUCUGGACCAGAUGUCGGACGCGAUUAAGCGUAUGUAUCCGUAUCCGCACGUGACUGACGGUCCGGUGGAAUGGGUGGACACUCGCAACGCCCGUCUCUACCGGUAUCUGGUGUUGCGCCAGGAGUUGGCCAUUAAUAACGAGUUAAUNUGGAAUGGGUGGACACUCGCAACGCCCGUCUCUACCGGUAUCUGGUGUUGCGCCAGGAGUUGGCCAUUAAUAACGAGUUAA